CUGGAUCCCGAUCCGGACCCGGAGCCCGACCAGCGUCUCGCUCACGAAGAGCAGUAUGUGAGCGUGGGCGAGUGCAGCCCGCUUGACGCCGGCCCCGCGCCUCCUUCCUGCAGGGACGCUGAAACCAUCACAGAUGUCUGCAACAGCACCGACCUGCCAGAGUUCGAGAUCAUCAGCCUCCUGGAGGAGCAGCUGCCGGUCUACCGGCUGCGGGCCGACACCGUCUACGGCUACGACAACGAUGACUGGCUCCACACGCCCCUGGUGGCGCCGGACGCCAGGCUCGACCUGACCACCGAGCAGAUCGAAGAGACACUCAAGUACUUCUUGAUGUGCGCAGACAGAGUGGGCCAAAUGACAAAGACCUACAAUGAUAUUGAUGCUGUCACACGUCUGUUGGAGGAGAAAGAGAGAGACCUGGAACUGGCUGCAAAGAUCGGCCAGUCUCUCCUCAAGAAGAACCGAACUCUGACUGAACAAAAUGACUACCUGGAGGAGCAAGUGGGGCAGAUCACUGAGGAGGUGGCCCAGCUUCACCAUGAGCUCAACCUGAAGGACGAGCUGCUUCAGUUUUACACCAGCGCAGCGGAGGAGUGUGAGGACGAGUCCACCGCUUCCCCCACAGGCAAGAAGAGUAGAGCAGAAACAGCGUCAGGAGUCUUUCUUAGUGACACUCUCCAGAGGAAACUCAAAGAGCUGGAAGAGGAGAACUUGUCACUCCGCUCAGAGGCCAGCCAUCUUAAGUCAGAGACGGAAACAUAUGAAGAAAAGGAGCAGCAGCUUGUCAGUGACUGUGUGAAAGAGCUCCGGCUGUCCAGUCUGCAGAUCUCUGCUAUCGCCGAGGAGUUGGCUCGGAAAACCGAGGAUGCCUCCCGUCAGCAGGAGGAGAUCACGCACCUCCUCUCUCAGAUAGUAGAUCUCCAAAAGAAGGCUAAAUCUUUGGCUGUUGAAAAUGAGGAGCUAUCUCAACACCUAGUGGCAGCAAAGGACGCUCAGAGGCAGCUUACAGCCGAGCUGCAGGAGCUGCAGGAGAAAUACUCAGAGUGCAUUGAGAUGCUGCAUGAAGCCCAGGAGGAGCUUAAGAACCUGAGGAACAGGAACUACCCUGCAGGAACUCCCCGACGCUACCACCCACUGGGACUCUACCCGAUGGAUUCUCUGGCGGCGGAGAUCGAAGGAACGAUGAGGAAGGAGUUGAGUCUGGACGAUCCUGAGUGUGAAGAGCAGAAGAUCCACCGGAAGCGAGUGUUUGAGACGGUGAAGAGUGUGAACCAAACCGUUCGCCAGCGCUCGCUCACUCCGACCAACUCCAACAUCCCAGGCUCCAACCAAUCACUGUCCACUCGGACGUCGCCCCAGUCCAGCGGCCUCUCCACACCUCACUCCGCCAUGUUUGGCGGGGACAUCGUCGGCGACGGUGUCGCCUAUGACAACCGGACCCAGACCAUUCUCAUGGAGACAGCAUCCAAUCAGGACAACAGCUUAGAGUGCAGAGAGAAGAAGGCGAGCGGGGCAGAGGACCUGCGGCUGGCCCUGCGCCGCCUGUCUCUGCGCCGACAAAACAACCUGAGCGAGAGACGCUUCUUCGAAGAGGAGAGAGAGCGCCGACGGGGCAGAGUGCACGGAGCCCUCGACCACGACAACGUGCUGACCCCUUCCGACAGCAUCAUGUCGCUUGGAAACCUGAACCUGUGGGCCUCCCGGGGGCCGUACCUCCCCGACAAGCUGCAGAUCGUCAAGCCGCUCGAAGGUUCGGCCAUCUUGCAUCAGUGGCAGCAGCUAGCUCAGCCUCACCUCGGUGUGAUCCUGGACGCCAGGCCCGGCGUCGUGCCGAAGGGCUACAGGCCCCUUGAGCUGGAGCUGGAGCAGGUGUACCCGUGGGGCGGUUUCGAGGAGGACGAACCAGGAGAGCAGUACUUCCAGAAUCUGCCCACCUCCUCUACGGCCUCGCCGGCUGUGUCUGCCGUCUCCAGCACGGGGGACACCAACCUCAGGCAGCCCCCAUGCAGCCUGGGCCCUCCGUCUCCGCCUUCCCCGUCCCCGUCUCCGCAUCUCAGCAACACCGAUGCGCUGGCUGCAUACUAUCCAGGAAAAUGCAUGGCCCACACCAGCUCCACUUACACCUUCACUACGUGUCGGAUCCUCCAUCCAACGGACGAACAGACGCGCGUCACACCAAGUCGGUCUGUGGCUGUCGUUCCUGCCAGUCUAAACCCCGUCUCCACGUCGUCUUCCUGCGUGAUGACCAGCAGCCUGUGGGGAACGCCCGCCGCCACGCCCUGCACGCCGCGCAGGCUCAGCCUCAGGCCCUCCGAAUCAUCCACCAACCUCAGAGAUGGAACUCGCACCACCAGCACUUCCCUGGGGUUAGUGCGCCUCCUGCAGGAGAGGGGGAUCUCAGCGGCCAUGUACCACCAGAGCCAGGGCCUGGAGUACAGCCAAGGCACUGGAGGAGUUCUGUUCAGCACCUCCAUCGCCCCCAACAGGGCAUCCAACACCGAUCACCUACGACCCGCCACCCCUCCGAACUCCCCGACGAGGCCCGGCGCCUCGGCCGCCACGACCUCUGAAGGCUUCGACUUCAAGAGCCCGUCGUACGACAACUUCCUGGCGUCCAAGCCGGCGCGCUCCAUCCUGAAGGAGGUUACGGGGACGCGAGGCCGGCAGAGAGCGAGGGACUGCGAGAGCCAAACGGACGUCAGCGUGGCCGUCUACAACCUCAACCUGUUGGACAAGGUGAAGCGGCUGGGCGUGGCCGGAGGCAGGGCAGCGAGCCCCAGUCCCCUGCUGGGGCCUCUGGGGGGACUGCGCAGGUCUGGGUCCCCCUUUGGGCCGGAUGGAAUGAGAAGGAACAGGAGUUACCCGGCCAUGGUUGGCGCCAGCAUGGCCAUGAAGGCCCCGGGGCCCCAGGAAUAGUCCGCACUGCUGCCGAGUGGGGAGGGCGGGAACCGGACCGGCUGCUGAGCGAUCAGCUGCAGGGUUCCAACUGCAAACAACAAAAAUCUCCACUGCAGUUCUACUUGAAUUUUCUCCCUAGCGCUAAUUUAACAGCCGGCCGAUGCCUGAAAUAAAGGGAAUUCGUUCAAAGAAAUAAAAGUCUAGUUAAUA